AUGCUGUAGAGCAACUCGCAAGGUCUUUACGUCGUCAUCCUGAUUUUCAACAAAGAAAGGAUGGACAAACUUUAAAUUCUAUAACUAAACGUUGGAAAGCACCUUUAAUGGAGGCUUACAUUGCUUCUUACCUAGAUCCUCGAUUCAAAAGUAUGUCCUUUGACAAAGAAAAAAAAAAAGAAGUUCAAGAAAUGAUCGCGGAAAUGAUAAAAACAAAUACUAUUGAUACCCCAGAACAAACUGAAAUGGAUCGAUUUUUCGACAGUGAUAAUCAAUCUGAUUGUCCAUUAGAUAAUGAAUUAGAACGACUACCCACUUUACAAAACCCACAACCCUCUUACCUACAACGUUAG